AUGGAAGAGAUCCUGAGAAAGCUACAGAAGGAAGCGUCCGGGAGCAAAUACAAAGCCAUCAAAGAGAGCAGCACCUUGGCUGUAGAAAUGUUGAGUGGUCCAGAUACCAUUGUCAAGAUUCCAUCAUACCAGUUGAGGGAGAAGUGCCUACUUCCUCUCCAACUUGCUUUGGAAUCCAAGAACAUGAAAUUGGCCCAGUAUGCUCUAGCAGGGAUGCAGAAGCUGCUGUCAGAUGAGAGAUUUGUCUCCAUGGAAACAGACUCUGAUGAGAAGCAGUUGCUUAAUCAGAUCCUGAAUGCUGUCAGAGUGACUCCUUCCCUCAAUGAAGACCUGCAGGUAGAAGUGAUGAAGGUUUUGCUUUGCAUAACUUACUCAUCCACCUUUGACAUGAAUGGAAGUGCAGUGCUGAAGAUUGCAGAGGUGUGCAUUGAGACAUACGUAUCUAGCUGUCACCAACGUAGUAUUAAUACUGCUGUGCGGGCAACUCUCAGUCAAAUGUUGAGUGACUUGACUUUACAAUUACGGCAAAGGCAGGAGAACACGAUUAUUGAAAACCCAGAUAUGCCUCCAGAUUUGGGGAAACAAGGUUCAACUUUAGAAACCCUCUGUGAUGAUGUUGUCUCCGUUCUCUCUGUCCUAUGUGAGAAGCUGCAAGCUGCGAUCAAUGAAAAUCAGCAGCUGCAGCUUCUUUACCUGGAGUGCAUUCUGUCCAUGCUCAACAGUUGCUCUACGACCAUGCAUAACCACAAAGGUUUCACUGAUCUCAUUUGGAAGCACCUCUGUCCAGCUCUUAUAGUGAUCCUGGGAAAUCCAAUUCAUGAUAAAACCAUCACCUCUGCUCACAGCAACAGCAUCAGUAUUGAAUCUGACUCCUCCUCCUUGGGGGUUUCUGAUCAUGGCCGAGGAUCUGGGUGUUCCUCCACAGCACCAGCUCUCAGUGGACCGGUGGCCCGAACAAUUUACUACAUUGCAGCUGAGCUAAUCCGCUUGGUGGGAUCAGUGGAAUCCAUGAAGCCAGUGCUGCAGUCGCUUUAUCAUCGGGUAUUGCUUUAUCCUCCACCGCAGCACCGAGUGGAAGCCAUCAAAAUCAUGAAAGAGAUACUUGGUAGCCCCCAGAGGCUCUGUGAUCUGGCAGGACCCAGCUCCACUGAACCAGAAUCCAGGAAAAGAUCAGUUUCAAAAAGAAAGUCGCAUCUCGAUCUUCUCAAACUCAUCAUGGAUGGAAUGACAGAAGCUUGUAUUAAAGGUGGCAUUGAAGCCUGCUUUGCCUCGGUAUCCUGUGUCUGCACCCUCCUUGGAGCUUUAGAUGAACUUAGCCAGGGCAAAGGUUUGAGUGAGGAACAGGUGCAGCUGAUUCUUCGGCGCAUUGAUGAGUUGAAAGAUGGGGCCGAAUCGAGCCGCGAGUCCAUGGAGAUCAAUGAAGCUGACUUUCGGUGGCAAAGGCGAGUCCUGUCCUCAGAACACACCCCAUGGGAAUCAGGAAAUGAGAAGAGCCCUGACAUUAGCAUUAGUGUUACCACGGAUACGGGGCAGACCACUUUGGAGGGUGAAAUGGGGCAGACCACGCCUGAGGAGAACCCCGAAAACCAAAAGAGUUUAAAGUCGCCAGCCAUACAAGAGAGUAAGGAAAUUCUAAGGAAAGAGCGAGAAUCAGAAGCGAUAGACCAACCAGAUGUUGUUCAGAGAAGCCACACUGUUGUUUACCCUGACAUAACUAAUUUCCUGUCCGUUGAUUGCAGGACGAGGUCAUACGGAUCCAGAUAUAGUGAGAGUAAUUUCAGUGUAGAUGACCAAGACCUUUCUAGGACUGAAUUUGAUUCCUGUGAUCAGUACUCCAUGGCAGCAGAAAAAGACUCUGGGAGGUCUGAUGUCUCAGACAUUGGGUCUGACAAUUGUUCUCUAGCUGAUGAAGAGCAGACCCCGAGGGAUUGCUUGGGCCACAGAUCUUUGAGGACGGCUGCCCUCUCAUUAAAACUGCUGAAGAGCCAGGAGGCAGAUCAGCACAGUGCCAGGUUGUUUAUACAAACCCUGGGAAACCUCCUUCCUCGGCUCCUUGCCCUCCCCAGUGUAGAAGAAGUGGACUCUGCCCUCCAGAACUUUUCUUCAACCUUCUGUUCAGGUAUGAUUCACUCUCCCGGAUUUGACAGCACCAACAGCCUCAGCUUUCAAAUACUGAUGAAUGCGGACAGUCUCUACAUGGUCUCACACUACACUCUCUUGCUCAACCUGAAGCUCUCUAACGGUGAUUACUACAGAAAGAAGCCAACCCUCGCACCUGUCAUGUUGAAAGAGUUUAUGAAGCAAAUCCAGACCAGUGGGGUGCUGAUGGUUUUCUCCCAAGCUUGGAUUGAAGAACUUUAUCAUCAGGUGCUUGAUAGGAACAUGCUUGGUGAAGCAGGAUAUUGGGGAAGUCCUGAAGAACACAGCCUUCCCCUCAUCACCAUGCUCACUGACAUUGAUGGCUUGGAGAGCAGUGUCAUAGGCGGCCAACUGAUGGCAUCAGCUUCUACGGAGUCUCCUCUCAUCCAGAACCAGCGAACGGAUGAUUCCAUAGUGGCAGGUGUUGCUUUUGCCCGUUAUAUUCUUAUUGGCUGCUGGAAGAACUUGAUUGAUACUUUGUCUACACCUUUGACUGGCCGCAUGGCAGGAAGCUCCAAGGGACUGGCAUUCAUUCUGAGUGCUGAAGGAGUCAAAGAGCAGAACCAGAAAGAACGAGAUUCCAUCUGCAUGAGUCUUGACGGGCUGAGGAAAGCAGCUCGACUGAGCUGUGCUUUAGGUGUUGCUGCUAAUUGCGCAUCAGCACUAGCCCAAAUGGCUGCAGCAUCUUGUGUACAGGAAGAAAAAGAAGAGAAGGAAGUUCAAGAACCAAGUGAUACCAUAACCCAAGUAAAACAAAAAGUGGAACAGAAACUGGAGCAGAUUGGGAAGGUUCAGGGGGUGUGGCUGCACACAGCCCAUGUUUUAUGCAUGGAUGCCAUCCUCAAUGUGGGCCUGGAAAUGGGAAGCCACAAUCAGGACUGUUGGCCACAUGUAUUCAGAGUAUGUGAAUAUGUUGCAACCCUGGAGCACAACCAUUUUAGUGAUGGAACAACUCAGCCUGCUGUGACUAUCAGCCAACCCCAGAAAGCCUCUGGACCAACAGGGGUCUUGGCAGACUAUGAAUCAGAGUGUUCGCCCCAGGAAUUAAAUCUUGAGCAGGACAACACGCUACGUGGCACACCCAUCAUUCAGCAGCUGUCCAUUCAGGAGCUCAUCAAAGAAGGCAGGAAGGGCCGAACUUUUGAUUUUCGGAGUGGCAGCCUUUUGAGUGGAAGCAGUGCUGCCAAGGCUGUCCUCACCCUUUCCACCCAGGCAGACAGGCUCUUCGAAGAUGCUGCUGACAAGCUGAAUUUAAUGGCUUUGGCAGGUUUCCUUUACCAGUUAAAAAAAGCUUCUCAAUCCCAGCUUUUCCACUCUGUUACAGACACCGUUGAUUACUCUUUAGCAAUGCCAGGAGAAGUUAAAUCCACUCAAGAUAGGAGAAGUGCUCUCCACCUAUUUCGUCUUGGAGAUUCAAUGCUCAGGAUAGUCCGGAGUAAAUCUAGGCCACUCCUCCACUUCAUGCGCUGCUGGAGUGUUGUUGCUCCUCAUCUGGUAGAGGCCGCCUGCCAUAAGGAAAGGCAUGUUUCUCAGAAAGCAGUCUCCUUCAUCCAUGACAUCCUCACGGAGGUUCUGACAGAUUGGAGUGAGCCCGCUCAUUUUCAUUUCAAUGAAGCACUGUUCCGUCCCUUCGAACGCAUCAUGCAGCUGGAAUUGUGUGAUGAGGAUGUCCAAGACCAGGUCGUCACAUCAAUAGGGGAGUUGGUCGAAGUAUGUUCUACUCAGAUCCAGUCAGGAUGGAGACCCUUAUUCAGUGCCCUGGAGACAGUACACAGCAGUAACAAAUCAGAAAUGAAAGAAUAUCUUAUGGGAGACUACUCCAUGGGAAAAGGUCAGGCCCCUGUAUUUGAUGUCUUUGAAGCCUUUCUGAAUACGGACAACAUCCAGGUGUUUGCCAAUGCUGCCACCAGUUACAUUAUGUGCCUUAUGAAGUUUGUCAAAGGAUUGGGAGAAGUCGAGUGUAAAGAGAUUGGGGAUUGUGUGCCAGGGUCAACAUCAACAUCAACAGACUUGUGCCUUCCCGCUCUGGAUUACCUCAGGAAGUGUUCUCAGUUGCUUGCCAAAAUCUACAAGAUGCCCUUGAAACCAAUUUUUCUUGGUGGGAGGCUUGCCAGUUUGCCUCGGAGAGUUCAAGAGCACUCAGCAAGUAGUGAGGAUGGGAUCGAAUCGAUACUUUCUGAUUUUGAUGAUGAUACGGGUCUUAUAGAAGUCUGGAUCAUCCUUCUAGAACAGCUGACAGCAGCUGUAUCCAAUUGUCCUCGUCAGCACCAACCUCCUACCUUGGAUUUACUCUUUGAGCUCUUGAGAGAUGUUACCAAAGUACCUGGACCAGGGUUUGGAAUAUAUGCAGUUGUACAUCUCCUCCUUCCUGUGAUGUCCCUAUGGCUCCGCCGUAGCCAUAAAGACCAUGCUUACUGGGAUGUUGCCUCAGCCAAUUUCAAGCAUGCUAUUGGUUUGUCCUGUGAACUGGUGGUAGAACAUAUCCAGAGCUUUAUCCAUUCAGAUAUUAGGUAUGAAAAUAUGAUCAACUCAAUGCUAAAAGAUCUCUUUGAAUUACUGGUAGCAUGUGUGGCCAAACCGACAGAAACUAUCUCCAGAGUUGGCUGUUCUUGUAUUCGGUAUGUUCUUGUAACAGCAGGACCUGUUUUCACUGAAGAAAUGUGGAGGCUUGCAUGUUGUGCACUGCAGGAUGCAUUCUCUGCCACACUUAAACCAGUGAAGGACCUACUGGGCUGUUUCCACAGUGGAAAUGAGAGUUUCAGUAGUGAUGGCUGCCAGGUGAGAGUGGCAGCCCCCUCUUCUUCUCCUAGUGCUGAGGCAGAGUACUGGCGGAUCCGAGCCAUGGCACAACAAGUGUUCAUGUUAGACACUCAGUGCUCACCAAAGACUCCAAACAACUUUGAUCAUGCCCAAUCCUGUCAGCUGAUCAUUGAACUGCCUCCUGAUGAGAAGCCAAAUGGGCACACCAAGAAAAGUGUCUCUUUCAGGGAAAUUGUGGUGAGCUUAUUGUCUCAUCAAGUGCUGCUCCAGAACUUAUAUGAUAUCUUGUUAGAGGAGUUUGUCAAAGGCCCCUCCCAAGGGGAAGAGAAGACAGUUCAAGUGCCAGAAAACAAAUUAGCUGGUUUCCUCAGGUAUAUCUCCAUGCAGAACUUGGCCGUCAUCUUUGACUUGCUUUUGGACUCCUACAGGACUGCCAGAGAGUUUGACACGAGCCCGGGGUUGAAAUGCCUUCUGAAGAAAGUGUCUGGCAUUGGAGGGGCAGCCAACCUAUACCGCCAGUCAGCAAUGAGCUUUAACAUCUACUUCCAUGCCCUGGUCUGUGCUGUCUUGACCAACCAGGAGAAUAUCACUGCUGAGCAGGUGAAGAAAGUCCUUUUUGAAGAUGAUGAAAGAAGUACAGAUUCUUCUCAGCAGUGUUCAUCAGAGGAUGAAGAUAUUUUUGAGGAGACAGCACAGGUCAGCCCUCCACGGGGGAAAGAGAAGAGACAAUGGCGGUCUAGAAUACCCUCUCUGAGUGUCCAGCCAGUCAGCAACGCAGACUGGGUGUGGUUAGUCAAAAGGCUUCAUAAGCUCUGCAUGGAACUGUGCAAUAAUUAUAUCCAAAUGCACUUGGAUCUGGAAAAUAAUGUGGAGGAACCUCCUACCUUCAAGAGCGAUCCUUUCUUCAUUCUCCCCUCCUUCCAGUCUGAGUCAUCCACCCCAUCCACAGGAGGGUUUUCAGGGAAGGAUACACCUUCUGAGGAUGACCGAAGUCAGUCAAGGGAUCAUAUGACCGAUGCUUUGACUCCAAAGGGAAACAUUGCGGAUACAUCAGAGCUGCCCUCCAGUCCCAAAGGAGAGAGGAAAGAUCAAAGCAGGAAGAAGGAGUGGUGGGAGAGUGCAGGGAACAAAAUCUAUACCAUGGCCACUGACAAGACUAUUUCAAAGUUGAUGACUGAGUACAAGAAGAGGAAGCAGCAGCAACAUAACCUGGUCCCAUUUGCUAAAGACAUCAAGAUGGAAAAGAAAGGAGAGCAACUGGGCUCCAGGGGACCAGACUCGCCACUUCUCCAGCGUCCACAGCAUCUGAUAGACCAGGGCCAAAUGAGGCAUUCCUUCAGCGCUGGUCCGGAAAUCCUGAGGCAAGAGAAGAGGCCACGCUCUGGCUCGACAGUGAGCUCCCUGAGUAUAUCUGUAAGAGAUGCCGAGGCCCAGAUCCAGGCAUGGACCAACAUGGUGCUAACAGUUCUCAAUCAGAUUCAGAUUUUGCCAGACCAGACAUUUAUUGCCCUCCAACCAGCAGUAUUCCCCUGUAUCAGCCAACUGACUUGUCAUGUAACUGAUAAUCGAGUUCGCCAAGCUGUAAGGGAAUGGCUCGGAAGAGUGGGCCGAGUCUAUGAAAUCAUCAUAUAG